CGAAGUAAUUGGUUUCCACCUAAGACACUGUGCCCAUUAUUCUAAAUUAAUGGAUUCAUUUGGGCGCAGUUAACCUCCCAUGGCGAGAGCACUUCCUCAUGAGAUCAGCUCAAAGUUUAUUCCCUCCACUGUAUCACAUUUUCUUCCACUAUAAAUUGAUAAAUCAGACAAAACCUAUGUUCCAAAAACAAUACACUCUCUCGUCGUUAAGUGUCGAGCUGAAUUUAGUUUAUUUGAGGCUUUAUUGCCAGACGUGGAGACAAUGGGCUUGAAUAAAAUCUACAAUCGGGUUCACACCUUGUUAACACCGCCAUUAGUCUCCCUUUACAUUCGCUGAUUGGUGAUUUACAUUUGCGACCAAAUAGCAUCUUUACUGCUGUUUACCAAGGGUUUGGGGGGCACUGAAGAGGGAAUGGGGGUAUUUGAUAUAAAAAGUCGAGCUUCCUGGACACUGCAGUCACUCCAACUCCAAGUUGCUGGCUGGCUGUGUGGUUUGAAGACACCGAUGCACCAGGAAACUACUCGCGGCUCAGAUAUGUUGAUGUUUGUGAUCAGCUUUGCCAUUUUGGUGUGCACUGCUGCACGGCCUUCGCUCAACUACCUGGAGAAUCAUUUCACCGCCGAGAAUGAGCCAGAGGAAGUCCGCUCAGCUGCCAUAAAGAGACUUCUGGAGGUUUUUGGGAUGGAGGACCCCCCUGCUAUCCAUGGACACAAGCAGCCACCUCAGUAUAUGCUCGAUCUGUACAACACGGUAGCUGAUGUGGACGGUGUGACCAAGGAUCCUUAUCUUCUCGAGGGGAAUACUGUCCGCAGUUUCUUUGACAAAUUGCGCAGUGAACAGGUGGAGUUCAGGUUCAAUUUGUCCACUGUUGCAAGAACCGAGAAGAUUCUCACUGCAGAGCUCCAUCUUUUCAAGCUGCGACCUCAGGCAACACUGACAUUCAACAGACAUCAUUUCUGCCAGGUGAGUGUUUAUCAGCUGCUUGACACCACCAAAAACAACAACACACAGGAGAGGAAGCUGCUGUCUUCUCGACUCAUCCCAGUCCACUCUACUGGUUGGGAAGUGUUCACCAUUACACAAGCUGUCCGCUCCUGGAUGGUAGAUGAGGGCAGUAACCUGGGGCUUCAUGUGGUGGUUCGGACCCUGGGAGGAAGCCCGAUGGAAAUGAAACUGAUCCGCUUUGCUUCAGGACGCAACCACCACCAGAGCAAGCAGCCCAUGCUGGUCCUCUUCACUGAUGAUGGCCGCCGCGCCACCACUCUCGAGAGCACAGACCCGAACGACACCGCAGCCACUUCCAGCCUGCCCCAGGCCCCCAUAUCCGGUCCGUCCUCCCGCAGCGCCCGCUCCCUGGACUACAGCGAGGAGGAAAGUGUGUCUAUGCCCUGCCAGCGCCUGCCCCUCUACGUGGACUUUGAGGAAAUCGGCUGGUCAGGCUGGAUUGUGUCUCCCCGUGGUUACAAUGCAUACCACUGCAAAGGCUCCUGCCCCUUCCCUCUGGGUCAGAACAUGAGGCCGACCAACCACGCCACCGUCCAGUCCAUCAUCAACGCCCUGAAGCUGAUCAAAGGCAUCGAGACACCGUGCUGCGUGCCUGACAAGCUCUUCUCCAUCAACUUGCUAUACUUCGAUGAUGAUGAGAAUGUUGUGCUGAAACAGUAUAACGACAUGGUGGCUGGAAGCUGCGGCUGCCACUGACAUCUCUUAACUGGUCACUGGUGUCGGGCUGCACAGAUUAAAAAUGUAAAUCGGGUUUUGGUACAAGCUGCCCUUUAAAACUCAACUAACGUGUGCUGAGUCCCACAUGUGGCAUUGUAAUAUAUGUAAAUAAGCAAAAAUUAUAAUAUAUGACAGUGAUAGAAGUGAUAUCAUGUGAAAGAUGUAAAUGUGUAUAUUUUAUGUUUUCUGUUGUGAAUGAUUAUGC